AUGCAGGACGCCUGGACUGCUCGCAAAGCUGAGGAGAUCCAAGGCUACGUGGACCGCAACGAAUGGAAGAACUUCUUCUCUGCGAUCAAAGCUGUCUACGGUCCGCCGACGAAGGGCACCGCUCCUCUCCUCAGCGCCGACGGCAACACUCUCCUGACUGAAAAGACGCAAAUCCUGCAGCGAUGGGCCGAGCAUUUCCGAGGCGUCCUCAACCGCCCCUCCACCCAACUCAGCCACAGCCCCCAACGCGCCGCCGCAAAUCAGCGUGAACGGAACCCAACUGCAGGUGGUGGAGAACUUCCCGUACUUGGGCAGUACUCUCUCCCGCAACACCAAGAUCGACGACGAAGUCGCCAACAGGAUCUCGAAAGCCAGUCAAGCCUUCGGUCGCCUCCAAAGCACAGUUUGGAAUCGCCACGGUUUUCAGCUGAGCACGAAGCUGAAGAUGUACAAGGCCGUAAUAAUGCCGACACUACUGUAUGGAGCGGAGACUUGGACGGUGUACGCAAAGCAGGCACGUCGUCUGAACCACUUCCACCUCAGUUGUCUUCGUCGCAUCCUGAGGCUAAAGUGGCAGGAUCGAAUCCCCGACACUGACGUGCUGGAACGGACGGGAAUCCUCAGCAUCUACGCCAUACUGAGGCAAAUUCAGCUGCGCUGGAGCGGCCGCCUGGUGCGCAUGGACGACGAGCGACUACCCAAACGACUCUUCUACGGAGACGUCGCGACGGGUUCUCGCCGUCAAGGAGGCCAGAUUCGCCGUUACAAGGCUACCCUGAAGUCCUCCCUGAAAUGCCUGCAAAUCAACCCGACCAACUGGGAGGAGCUCGCACUCGAUCGACCGACCUGGAGGAGAACAGUGAAGACAGGCGCUGCGAUAUACGAAGCCAACCGCAUCGCUGCCGCCAAAGCGAAACGUGAAGCCCGCAAAUCACAACUUCGCCCAGUAAGCAACACCGCCGCACAACCGCUUCCAACGUGUAUAUGUAUAUGUAUAUUGAAGGGUUACAGGCAGAGCCCUUGAUGACCCUAUUUAUGUACAGUGCUUUCGCAGAUUCAUACUCAAAAUAAAAUUAAAUUGCAGGCAUUUAAAAUGUGAUUGGGUCACAGUUCAAUCAUAAUCAUAAGGUAGUGCAUGGGGUCUCUGUAAAUUAGUGCGGAAGAUUGUAUAUGACAGAUUUUACAAAACUGGCUGUGCAUAGUCAUGCUGUACAAGCCGAUUUCUGUCGAAAACUAAACGAGCAAGUUUUCUUUUAAACACACAAACUGUGUCAGCCGUCACCUUCUCACUUGGGAGCGAGUUCCACGGUCUGACAACCCGCUGGCUGAAUGAAAAUUUUCGUCGGUCUAAACGCGUGCGCUCAUUCCCGACUUUGUACGCAUGGCCGCGUAGUUGGUUUGUACGGGCGAACUCAAAGAAGUCCUCUGCUCUUAAUGAGCAACCCUGGCCGCGAACAAUCCGGAAGGUCCAGAGUAGACUGCAGUUUAUUUGUCUAUAAGAGAGAGGGAAUAGGCCAAGGAAAGUCAGCCUCUCCUGAUAAGACAAUUGUUUCAGACCGUCGACCAUCUCUGUCGCUCUGCGUUGCACCUGUUCGAGUAAGUUGAUAUCCUUCCUCAUCCAUGGUGAGGCUGCUGGCAUUCCAUACUCUAGAUGAGGUCUUACAAAGACACCAAAGAGUCUUUCGAAAAGUUCGGGAGGAAAUAUUUUAAAUGCACGUCUGAUCCAAUUUAGAGUACUAGUUGCCUUCUGGACCAUCUUUCUGCAGUGUUCUGAUGGCGAUAGAUUUGUGGUCGUCCAUACACCCAGAUCUCUGUGUCUUUCCACAGUUUCUAGCCUCGUCCCGUCAAUAUAGUACUGGUGUUCGGGAAAGGCAUUGCGGCCGGUGUUCAGGUGCAAAACCACGCAUUUGUACACGUUGAACUUCAAAAGCCAUCUGUUCGACCAAGCACACAGUUUGUUGAUGUUUGACUGCAACUUCUCUGCGUCAUCAUCACACUUGACUUCACUCCAUAUUUUUAUGUCAUCCGCGAACAUGAGAGCCUCGCAAUUCACUUCGCUGAUGCAGUCAUUAACAUAAAUCAGGAAGAGUACUGGGCCUAAGACAGAACCCUGUGGGACACCACUUUCCACCUUUACCCAUUCCGAGGUAGAAUUACUAACGACGACUCUUUGUAGUCUGGAGGACAGAAAACUCCUGAUCCACUUAACAUUCUCCCUUGAAUCCCUACAUCCCAGAUCUUUUGUAAAAGAAGCCUGUGUGGGACACUGUCAAAGGCCUUCUUGAAGUCAAAAAAUAUGAAAUCUACUGGAAAACCCUUAUCGGUAGCUCGUGUCCAUUUCUCGUGCGAGUAAAGAACGUUCGUUAGGCAAGAGCGCCCUGGACGAAAGCCGUGCUGGGCAUCGCACAAUAUUUUGUUCUGUUCCAGGUAUUUCAUCAAACGUCUUUUGAUAAUGCGUUCCAUUAUUUUACACGCGAUGCAAGUAAGACUGACAGGACGAUAAUUUCCGCAGUCAAGUCUUGAGCCUCCUUUAUGGAUCGGAGUAAUGAGUGCGCACUUCCAUUCUUCCGGUAGCUCGCCGUCUUCAAAUGACUUUUGAAAUAUUGCGGAUAAGGGUUUGCACAGUUCAUUAGCAAGUUCACGAAGUACUAGGGCGGGAAUUCUAUCUGGGCCAGGCGAUUUGGCAGGUUUCAGCCGGAGUAGCUCGGCCCUAACUAUGGUAGAUGAAAAGAGUGGUUCCUCGGUUAAGGAGGGUAGGGAGGGGAUAGGAUGGGGAAGGGUACUGGGAGGAGAGGUUGGUUGGCGAAUGGAGGGAUGGGCAAAUAUUGCACUAGGUUCUCGGGUGAAGACGGACUGAAAGAAGUCGGAAAGGAGGGAUGCUUUAACCUGGUCAUCAAUCUCCACAUUUCCAUCUGCAGAUCUGAGGGCAGGGAUGAGCUCCUGAGUCCUUUUAGUACUUGGUAUAUAACCAUAUAGAAUUUUCGGAUGCUCCAACGAAUUUUGAAGUAUGUUCAGUUCAAACUUCUUUCGCAGCUUUGAGGCCUCACUUUUACAGACGUUUCGUUGCCGCUUAUAGUCCUGUAAGUGUUCGUCGGAGCCAGUUAGUCUGUAACGCCUCCACAGAUGAUUCCUUUUUCUGAAAGAGGCCUUCAAGUCCGGGUUUAUCCAUUUUGGGCGGUUUGUGAUUUUCUUUCUUCUGCGAGGACAAUUGGAAUAAACAAUCUCUUUCAGUAAGGAACUGAAAGUAUUCCAGUUAUCGUUUGCUCGACCAUGCAGUUCAGUCUCCCAUGAUAUAGCUGCCGCUUCCCUCCUCAUGAGAGGAUAGUCCCCUUUCCAAAUGUUUCUCUCCCACCUCUCGGGUUGGACGGGUUUGGAAAACAGUGAGUACUCAAAGUAUAGUGUGAUGUGGUCGCUUGACCCUAAUGGCUGUCGGUCCUGCAGGUCUAAAACAGUUUCCUCCUCUCGGGUAAAAAUAAGAUCAAGGCAGUUCGACUGCUGACCUUCCCUGACCCGUGUUCCAAAGGUAACAUUCUGGCAGAGAAGUUUGUCCGUUGCCCAUUGAAGUAGUUUGUGAUUAAAGCUGUCUUGCGGACCUUGUGCAGUCCACGUUAGCCAAUCAAUGCCAGGAGCGUUAAAAUCCCCAACGAUAAGGACAUCUUUCUUCUCGCUAGCUUGGUACAGUUCGGAUAUGAGCAUGAGAUCUUGGUCAGAAGUAUGGUUAGGUGGACGGUACACCACCGAAAGCGUCAGUGCUCGGACAUUCUUAGUAGAUAUGGUAACGCUUAGCAGUUCCACAUCCCGUACCGGUCUAUGUACAUCAGCCAUAGCGCUUAGCUUGCAAGUGACAUAAAUUAUGACUCCUCCUCCUCGGCUUAGUCUAUCUCUCCUGAAUUGCUGAUAUCCUCUAAGUGAUAUUUCGGAAUCUGCGAUAUCUUUAGUAAGCCACGUUUCUGUGAAUGCCAUAAUGUCUGGCUUAAUUUCAUCAACUCAGUCUCUUAGUUCGUCUAGUUUGUUGAAGAGGCUUUGCACAUUUGCGGAUAUAACCUUCAAUGACUGAUUCGUUGGAGAGGCCCGGCCUUCAUUGUGACGGGUUCUGACCACAGGAAAGACCUCUUUGUCUGGACUAUUUGUCCAUUUUUGAUCUUCAGCCCUUUCUCUCCUCUGCCAAUUCUCUCCUUCAAUUCUGA